GCUUAGUCUUCGGCGGGGCGCGCUGCGGCCGGACUCGGCUCGGCUCGGCAGGGCUGCGAGCCAUGGCCCGGGGCACGCGCGGCUUCCCGCAUCGCGGCCUCUGGCUGCUCCUGGGGCAUCUCGUCUCGCUGGUCACUGCCUGCCGGGAGGCUGACCUCGGCACCCUCCUCCAGGACCUUUGCCUCCCCCAGUUCAAGGUGGACAUGGAGGCUGUCGGGGAGAAGCUGUGGUGCGACUGGGGCAAGACCAUCAGGAGCUACGGAGAGCUCACUAACUGCACUGGCCUGGCGGCGGGGAAGCUGGGCUGCUUCUGGCCCAACGCGGAAGUGGACAAGUUCUUCAUCGCUGUCCACCAGCGCUACUUCCGGAGCUGCCCCGUCUCCGGCAGGGCCGUGCAGGACCCGCCCCACAGCGUCCUCUGCCCCUUCAUCGUGGUCCCCAUCCUGGUGACCCUGCUGGUGACGGCGCUGGUGGUCUGGAGGAGCAAGCGCACCGAGGGCAUCGUGUAGGGGCGGCCAGGGCUGCCCUAGCUGCGCUCAGGCUGCAGGGCACGACGCGGAGGGCGUGGCGGGCCGGCGAUGGCCCAGCAGGCCCGAGUCCCCUCUUCCAGCCAAGAAGAGCUGGCAGGUCGUGGCCCCUGGCAGUCGUGGCUCAGGCAUCCGCCUUGCCGCACCCCAGCUGGUUCACCUCUGCAAAGGGCCCCGGCCCCCCGCACUACCCCAGCAUGCCAGACCGCUCACCCCGCAGACGCGUUUGUGGACGAGUAGUAUGUGAAUAAAACGAUGUUCGUGAACGUG